GUUUAUACUCGAAUAUUUUAGACGAAGGAGAAGUUAGAUUGGAGGCAGACAUCAAGGAUGGGGGAAUGACUUUGUUAACAGCCAUAUCUCCUUAUGCUAAUUGGCUCCAAGGAAAUGCUGAUAUCAAAUGAAGCAUCUACUGGUGAUGGAAUAGAGCUCAAAUGUGAAGUUCUAGAAGUACGAGCAAAGAAUUUUUUAAGUGGUCAGGUUGAUACUCAGCUGCAAAUUACUGGAUCAAUGUUGCAGCCAACUAUAUCAGGAAAUAUUAAAUUAAGCCAAGGAGAAGCUUAUCUGCCUCAUGAUAAGGUGGCGGAGCUGCCCCUUUAAAUAGACUGGCAGCCAAUCAAUAUAGGAUUCCAGGUGCCUGCUAUUAAUCAAGCAGUUUCUUCACGUUAUUUUGCUCGAUUUUUUGGCACAGAACGGGCUUCUUCAGGGAUGAAAUUCUCCAAGUCUACUGGUAAAUCUAAUUCUGUUGAAAAGGAGAUUGAGGAAGUGAAAAUAAAACCAAAUAUGGAUAUCCGUCUGAGUGAUAUGAAACUUGUUUUAGGACCAGAGCUGAGGAUAGUGUAUCCUUUAAUUCUUAAUUUUGCUGUUAGUGGUGAGCUUGAACUUGAUGGCAUGGCUCAUCCAAAAUUUAUCAAACCAAAGGGUUUCCUGACAUUCGAGAAUGGAGAUGUCAAUCUUGUGGCUACUCAGGUACGCCUGAAGAGGGAGUAUCUCAACGUUGCAAAGUUUGAGCCUGAACAUGGACUAGACCCUCUGCUAGAUUUAGCCUUAGUUGGUUCAGAAUGGCAAUUUAGGGUCCAAAGUCGUGCCAGCAAUUGGCAGGAAAAACUUGUGGUGACUUCAACUCGUUCUGUGGAACAGGAUGCUCUCUCACCUUCCGAGGCUGCAAAGGUGUUUGAGAGCCAAUUAGCAGAAUCAAUACUAGAAGGAGAUGGACAACUUGCUUUCAAAAAACUUGCAACCGCAACACUUGAAACCAUAAUGCCAAGGAUAGAAGGAAAAGGAGAGUUUGGUCAGGCGAGAUGGAGGUUGGUGUAUGCCCCACAGAUCCCAAGUUUACUCUCUGUUGAUCCAACUGUGGAUCCUCUCAAGUCUUUGGCAAGCAACAUAUCAUUUGGAACGGAAGUUGAAGUGCAGCUCGGAAAACGUCUUCAGGCCUCUGUGGUAAGACAGAUGAAAGAUUCUGAGAUGGCGAUGCAAUGGACACUUAUCUAUCAGCUCACAAGCCGCUUGCGUGUCCUCCUGCAAUCUGCACCUUCCAAACGUUUGCUUUUUGAAUACUCUGCUACAUCACAAGACUAAAAAGCCUUUUUGUCUUCCUCUGUCGGAUUCAUAUGGAUCAGCCGUUCGUUGCUAAGGAAGUGGAAAUUGCAGGGUUUGGUGACUACCAACAAGAAAAAUUAUUUGAUUAUUUGGUCAGGGUGUUUCUUUGUUCACUUCUUUGGUCCUUUUCAGUGGUUAAAAAUGUAAAAAUUACAUUGUAAAUGCCAUUUGUUAGGGAAUAUAAAAUGGUUUGCCACUUCA